AUGCAUGCGUCACCACGGCAAGGAGCGGAGCCCGGGUCUUCGCAGCCGCUCCGCGGUCGCCUCUCCCCCUCCUCUUCCGAAGAGCCAGCUGCCGUGCACCUGUACGACCUCGACACUGUCUUUCUCUCCAAAACUGUUGUGUCUCUGACUGACGUCUUCGCACACUCCGUUGAUGGCCCCUUCGACUUAUCGCCUCUGUACGCGCCGCAGCGACAAGGCGUGGAGAAUCAGCAGCAGCAGCCUCAACAGGCAGCUGCCACAACCGCCUCGUCCCCCUACGCGGACGAUGCGCACUGCGCACCUUCGACAAGUGGUGCAGCACCCGCGCACAGGGGCAUAACAAACCUACCGUUCUCUGAGGGAUCGGCGCCGUACACAUCCUCAUCACCCAAGCCUGCUGCUAGGCUUGUGUCAACUCGUGCGGCGGCGCUGCAACCCAAGCCCGUGGAGCGCGGCGCAGACGGGCGAUGGCGUACCGUCUCCGCCAACCACGGUGCAUCGUCUACGGGGUUCUCUACCACUACUGCCUGUAGCAAGCCGCCGUCGCCGGAAACGCACGCGCGAAUGCUGCUCGUCCCGCUCGACACCUACCACUUCCUCCUCACCUACCACGACGUAGGCUUACCAGGGCAGUUGAGCAGCUGCUGCAACAAGCAAGCCGCGACAGCGACCGUGGAGCGCCUCUCCGCCGCUUCGCCUGGCCGCCGGCCCCCCCGCAGCGGCAUCUGUGUAGUGCGACGCCUAGAGGGGGAACAGCGGGACAGCACCGCAACAACAUCAUCCGCCAUGGCCGCGCCAGUCGGUGCUGCAUCGGUCACGCCCCCGACCCUAUCCCGCAUCGCGCACGGUCUACCGCUGGACGCUUUCGAUGGGUGGGUACGCGACUACACCGCCUACGGGCUCUCCUGCAACGAGGCGGUGCUGCGUGCGGCGUGGGAAAACAAGACGCGCGAGCGCGCCGAGGCGCCCUCGGCAAUGCUAGCUGGUGCUGUGGUGGAGGUUGGGGAGUUGGUGGCAUCCGGACACGAAGCGACGGACAGCGGCGACAACAGUCUUUGCGGCAGCGGGGAUGUAGCGGUCGUCGAUACUGCAGCACUAGGGCCGCAGGUGUCCGAUGCGUCGGCGAAGAUGAUGCCCACAGAUGGAGCCGCGGCGGCAGAGGGAAAGGAGGCAGCCACAUUAGCGGAUGCUAAUGCGGAGCAAGCGGCGACAGUGUCCCCUUCGCUGGAUCGACUGCACUGCAGCAGCACUACGAGUUCCUCACCAAGCGCAGCGUCUACCCCAUCGCCGCCCACCGAGAGGGGCAAGGAGGGCUGCAAUGUCGGCGGCGUAGAGACGGCAACACGAGUAACAGGAGGAAAGAGUGGGGAUGCGCUAGAUGCGAUUUCCGCCUCACUGAUGGGUACCGCUGCGCAGCAGCAACAGCAGAAAUGUGUGCUCUGGGAGGAAGAGCAACAGCGCACCGAGCGUGCGGCAGCGCAACUACGGCACCGCUUCCUUGUCUCUGACAGCGCGCAGCACGCCAUAUGGGCCCUGGAAGUGCGCCUGCCCGCCAUGGUGGUGCGUGCUCUUGCGCCUGCGGAGUUCUACACUAUGGAGGUCGGGGGGAGUGACGAGGAGGUGCCAGCAGCUGCCAAGCACAGCGAGAAUGAUGGUAACGAUGAUGCGCUGGCGACACACGGCGCUACAGACACGCGAGAGGAGCCUGCCGCUGCGCCCAUGCCGGGGAUAGCGCUUCCUCGCAAGAAGACAGCGUCUACAAUCACGCACGGCCGUGCAGCCGCCUCGGGUCACCGCGUGUCUGUCAAGGACUCGUCUGCCGCCGACGCGUCACGGCUGCGCUCACCAUCGCCAGCAAACCCAUCGAUGGCCACCAACGCUAGCAAAGCAGACGACUGUAGUGACGCCAAACCUGACGACAGUGACGCACGUCGCUUCUCCACGUCGGUGGCGACGCACCCCGUUAGUGAGAGCUGUAGCACCGGGCGCUACGGUCGGUCCGCCUCCUCGGUGAGUCCGUCGGUUGCUAUGGCAUUGGCGGUACCCACACCUCUGAUAGGCGGCGCGCGCGGCUUCGUCGACGGACACUUCAGCGUUGCACGCUUUAAUUCACCGGCGUCGCUAUGCUGGCGCAUCGACGAAGACAAUGAGGACGACGACGAGAAGGGCGUCGUUGGUGAUGGAGGCGACAGCGAUGAUGACCUUGCCCAGGGGGUGGUAGCAGCUUUUCAGGAGAAUCAUGGACGAGGUCGGGUGUCAGCGAAGCACCACUGCGUCGACCCCGUGUCACGCCUUUGCGGUCGCCACCACUGCAGCAUUCUCUUCAUUAGCGACAUGGGCAACUGCGCAAUUCGGUACGCAAACUUCUACAACCGCCUCGUGCGCACCAUCACGGGCGUGGACGGCGUCCCCGGCUAUCGAGAUGGCAGCUGCGUGUCGUCGCUCCUGCGUGGUGCCACAGCACUGGCCUGGUGCUCCGCUGGGUUGCUCUUCACAGACGGGGCUAACAACGUUGUGCGGCUUAUCACGGACAUCCGCAAGCGUCGGGCGCAGGGACGUGCGCAUGACAACGGCGAGGACGUGGCAGGAGCAGACGCUGCGGUCUCGUUAGCAUGCAGCUCCACUCGCGCGACUGGGUCCGAGAUGCAAAGGCCUAACGAGCUUGAAGUGGAUCACCGGAUUCCGGCGGCAACGGAACGGCCGCGCUGUGUCGGGGACAAGUCGGCUGGCGGCUCGCUCGACACCCCCAUCAUCACCGCAACGGAAUCACAGGACGGUGAGCUGCAAGCACUGCCGCCAGCACCAUCGUCGAUUCCUCUAUCCGCGACGCGUCGAGGAAUUCUGUCGUCAUCGGCGUGGAAGCGUGACGGUACAGCGUCCGCAAUGCCGCGUGUUUGGACGCUGGCAGGCUGCACAAGUGAUGCUGACGUGAAUCAGCCCACGCAAGCGGAUUCGAGCCUGGCGUCCUACGUCGACUCCGUCGUCCCGUCGCGAGCUCAUUUCGGCUACAUUAGCGACAUGGCCCUGUGGACCGAUGAGACUGGCGACACGCAAGUGCUGCUAGUCGACCAGACCCACCACGCCCUCCGCAUCCUGGACGCGCACGGCGGCGUCUCCACCUACGUCGGUCCCUUGGACUACGAGGUGACGAGCAUUGUCUCGCCAUCAACGACAAGCACCCCAGCGGCGGACUCGCUGCCACCAGGGCUUGUGUUUCCGUGCUGCCUAACAGUCAGCGCGCUCAUCAAGGAACGUUCCCCAGCGCUGCUGAGCGCCACCACCACUGGCACUGCCACCAUGAUCACCCCCCAGCCCUACCUCUGCUCGUCCAGCCCGCUGCUCUUCACGGCAAGCGCCGUAACGGGCGCCGUGUCGGUACUGCUGCCCAUCUCGCAACGCAGUGAUCGGACGCCUUGGAGUGUGCGCGAGAGUCAACGCCGACGCCGAGUCGCGGAGACUAGGGAAGGGGAAGUGACGUGUAACGGCGACAAUGACGAUGCCUCGGUGUUUGCCGCCAUCCGUGGUGCCCUUGAGCUGGGCGUGGCCACCGAAGGUCGCCGCAGCAUUGGCGAAGCCGCCAUGCCCUCUCUCAAGCACGUCGUCGUGGGCUGGGCCGCAGACGAGGUCGACGGCGGCGAUGGGGCGGAGCGUGCGCAUGCAGUGCGGCAACUGGCACAGGCGGCUAAUGCACAGCAAACCCUGCAGUAUCUCCGGCUGCGUUUCCCGUGGCUACUGCCGCCGUCCGUGCCGCUGCUGAGUACGCGCAUCGUUGCCGGCUGCGUCUGUCAUGUGUCUGGCAAGCGUCGCGGUGCCACCGCCGCCGCCGCCGCCGCACCAACAGCUGCGAGCAACGCGGUUGGCCUUCAUUACAACAACAACAGCAGCAGACAAGGCACUGGUGCGCCUUCGGGGGUGCGGCCCAACUGCACUGACGGGAAAGGAAGCACGGCCACGACGAUCUCUACCUCAGCGGUUCGACCUGUGCAGCAGCAGCAGCAGCGACUGCUCUUUCAAAGCCCUCCGCGCCACCCUCCGAUCAUUGCACCCCGGAACACAGCCGCCACCACAGGUGUAGCCACGGCCCCAGCGGCGGAGAUGGCGGCACUGUUGCUCGAACCGACCUUACGUUCCGCUGCACCACCGGGUAUGGUGGAAAUGCUUCUCGACACGCACCUUGGCAACGUCAGUGGGGAUAGUGCUGCGGCAGGCGAUCGACAGGCACUAUGUGUGGGCAGCAGAAGCCCAUCUUGUGGCGCGUCGCCGCUGAGCCCCAACGGCGACCUCAUCAUUGAGGAAGGCAAAGGUGGCUCGCGACAAUGCGGUAGCAGCAGCUGCCUGAAGUCGGAGGAUGGAAAAGAGGAGGAGAAGAAGGCCGACGGUGGCGAUGUGGGCGGUGGUCGCGCGGUGGCGAAGUGGCUGGCGCCACCGAUGAAGAGCGUCUCUCGCUCCCCAAGCGGCAGCAGAAGCCAAGGGCGGCAACAGCAACAGCCCACCUAUGCCGGACUACUUCAAAUGUGGACGCCAGAGAAGCGUCAGCAGCGUCUGCGCAGCACGCAAGAAAUCUCAAUCCCCACGAAAAGUGCCAGCACGAGCCCCUGCGGAACGCCGCGAGCGCUGUACAAGCAGCAACAACAACAGGCCGUGGAGGAGAAAGGCAGUCCCUCACAGUGGCCCCAGUCCGCAGAGAGCGGGUCGCCGCAGCGAUCACAAUGUUCGCCGGAGCAACUGCUGUUGAGAGCGCUGUCGUCGUCGCGCUCUCCACGCGGGUGCAUUACAUCACCAAACAACUUGAGCGGUUGCGGCAGCCCACCGCUGACGCCGCGAGCGAUGGUGGCGCACCAACUUAUGCAGCGCCGUCGCACCAGUCGAAGUAACACUGCGCCGCAUGUGGCAUCGGUGGAAGGUGGUGGGAGAAGCUCGACCGGGAGCAAACGCACCGCUGUCGCGGAUGGCCAUGAUGGCACCAGCCCACCAUCAGAGACACAGCAGCAGGAAGGCUCGCAAGGUCCCGCUGCGCCUGCAGAGCCGCUAGUGGUGUCUGCUGUCCCUGAUCGACGCACUCCGCAACCGUGUCGCGCAGACUGGCAGUUGCACGACGCCUACGAUGCGGCAGUGCGGCGACUGUUCCGUGUAUACAACUAUCUGGCGACCAAGACCGUUACGACGAGAACAACAGCGACAGCAAACACUUUACCUUUAGGAGUGGGAGCAGCAGGAGCCGGCGGGAGUGCGGACCCGCGAAUCGCUGCUGUGGAAAGUCGUCAUGGCAGCGCACCGUCACCGUGGGUUACUCACCAGCCUCGCCAGGUGGUGCAGUACACCAUGUCCUUCGCGGCUUUCUUCCGAUUUGUCGUGCUCACUGGCUACGCCGACUGCCUAGCCGAGGUGGCCGCAGCGGCGGUCACUGCAGCAGCGACUGACACGCAAGGAAAAGACGGCGGCGACACCCGUGCAGCAGCCCGUGACUACAGCACGCCGUCACCAGUGUCGUCUCUGUGUCGUCUCAGUCAAGUACAGCAGCAGCGAGGCGGCAGCGGUGCCGGGACACGCCGAUGGAGUAGUGCAUCCGCGUCGUCGCCGAGAGCGCCGACCGGGGCGACAUCCACAGUGACAUCGUCGUCGCUUUCGCAUUCAAGACAUCCUACCUCCUCUGACGUGCUGUUGGUGCCGCUGGCAACCACGGACACUCGCGCCAUUGCUGCGGUGCUGUACGCGUGCGGUGUGCGCCAGAAGGGCUACCACACGGUAACGCAGAUGGAUUUUCAAAGUUUUCGGAGAGCCGCGCUGCUGCUCUACACAUGGGCGCGUACGGCGACCUCUGCAGAGACGGCGAAGAGGAGCGAGACAGCUGACAAUGACGGUGCGCAAAGCGGACGAUUCAGUGCUCACCGCAAAGCGGACAGGCAAAACUGCGCUGAUCCUGCAGAUUUUGCCUACGUGGACGCCGUUCCUUCACUCGACGCUCUCACGUCCGAGGAGGUUGUGGUUGCCUACGCUGCGGUGUAUGAGCGCGCUGCACGUUGCAUCCCGGCUCUGGCGAUGUCGUUGGGUCCAUUCGGCGCCAGCAAAGGGGAGGAGGACCACAAUGAGGCCAACGCGCGCGACAACGCCAGGCAGCGUAGCGACGUGCUGCAACACAGCCAUCCAGUGAGUUCAAUGCGCCCAUCGAGCAAAGCCCCAUUACCGCUCGUGGAGGUGGACACUGACUCACCAGGCGCCACGCCGUCGUACCUACAGUGUUUCGAGGAGGCGAUAGGCUACAGUCAGCGCGGCGUCUGUGUCAGUGGCAAAGCGGCUGGUGUCGACGAGCCUGUCACCCCGCCUGUAUCGCCUAUCGCCACCACAGGGGCUGCUGAUGACGUGUCCUGUUUCGUCUUAGAUUGUGCCGACUCAGUCAGGAGUCCAAAAGCCGUGGCGAAAGAGACGAAGUUGACUGGGCAGAGCGGCGAUGAUGCAGCGGUCCUCUUUCCACCCUGUGGGCUGACACCGUACGAGAUCCUCGCCCUCGAUGAGCUCCUCCGUCUCCUGCAGCGAAACGAGUCGACGCUGCGGCAGCUCUUUACGGCGUACAGCGUUCCGAUUACCGUGCACCGUUCACCCCAGUACGAGGCGCCGUUGUCCGCUGCCGCGGCCGCCGCCUCGAGCUCGUGCUCGCUGCUCAUGAGUAGUCCUGAAGCCUCGCUGGUCCUCCGCGGCGGCGAGAGGGUAGUGGCGCGGCAUCCUCGACACGCCCCAGCGACGCCGCUAGCAUCGACAUGCAUCAACACAUCGCCAGCACCUGCGGGCCCCCCGGCAGUCCCGCACUGCAGUCGUCAGGCUGUGGGCAACGCGCGCGCCACACCGUCUACAAGGCCCGCGGCGGCAACAGCAGUAGCACCACUGGGCGUCGUACAUGGCUCUGCCGCGCUGUCUGGUGUCUCGACAAGUCAGCAAGACAUAUGGUGGAAAGUCCAGCAGCUCUACACCAUGAGUUCCUUAGAGAACAAGGAAACCUAUGAGCUCACGAGUCACGUGCUACCUGUGGUGCCUUUUAAGCUGUUUGUGGAGCUCUGGCGCACGCUGGACGUGUUCCCGUCGCUGAUGCGCUCGGCGGCGAUGCAGCAGGCAUUUUGCGAUGCGCUCACCAUGCCCAUGCUUCGCGGCUUGACGCCGCCACCAGGGAGCACGUCAGACGCAGCGUUUCAGCGGCAAGGACAGCCACCACUACCGUCGCUCACUCGAUCCGCUGACCUACCCAACAGACGUACGGUUGAGCUGUUGUGCGCGCAUGGUGGACUUCCCUACGCCUGCUUUGUGGAGUCUUUUGUCCGCGUGGCUCUCACCGUCUUCUCGCACAAGGUGGAUCGGAUCGCCUACCCAACUGCCGCGGCGAAGACUGCCGGGUUGAUGCAGUGGUGCAACAAGCAGGUGACGCUCGGCCUGGUGGCGAAGCGAGUGCAGCAGCAACUCCGUGUGACGGUGGUCCGGAGGCAUGAACCGAGCAGGAGGUCCUCGACGACACCCACAGAUGCAGCGCUGAGACCCUCUGCCGCCGCAGCAGCAGCGACAACGGCAACGAUAUCAGCGGCACGUGCAACGCGAGCUGCAGCCAUCUUUCCCGACCAGUUGCGGCUUUUUUGCUUACCGACAGCGCCAAAGUCGAGGGUGGCACCGCCGGGAGAAGGCUGA